UAAAACGGAACAUAUUUUUUUCAUUUACACAUUCACAAAAGAGAAAACAUAUAAAAAAUGGACAACAUGGAGAAGGCAACAAGGACUCCAAAAGACCGCCAUCUGAAAGUUGGAGGCCGUGAUCGUCGCAUCCGUCUUCCACCGAGUAUUGCUCCCAAACUAUUCAGUUUGACAGAAGAACUCGGCUUCCAAAGCGAUGGCGAAACCGUCGGUUGGCUCCUUAGAAAUGCCGAGCCAGCUAUUUUUGCCGCCACGGGCCACGGCGUCAGCACCACCACAAAUGAUGUUAUCCACUCAUCUGAUAAGAUUUUUCAUAAUUAUUAUUCUAACUGUGGUAACUUCAGCAACAUCAUUAAUGGUAACUGCAGCUACACCAUUGAUGGUGAUAAUUGGACGGGAAUAAAUACUUUUCAUCAUGAGAUGGUCUUUCCGGAGACUACAAUGAAAGAACAUGCGGCUUCAUCUACUUUUCCGGUGAAAGAUAAAGAAGAUGUGUCAGAUAUGUCGAGUCAGACGCAGCCGGCUAUGCUACCGCCAUUGAUGCACCAUCAACAGCAGCAGGAACAAGAGCCACAACCACAGUUUGAACUUGGGAAGGUGGAGAUGGCGGCGGAUGAGAAAAGAUAUGUUUGGAGUGAGUAAUGAUUGGAGACUUAGUUCGAUGAUGGUUGGUUUUAGUUUGGUUGCUGUCUGCAUUUUUUUCCUUUUCCUUUAUGUUUUUCAGUUUGGAGUGACGAACUAAGGUUUGGCUUAGUCCGGUUUUAGUUUGCCUUUUUCCGUUGGUUGUAUUCUCAUAUUUUUUCCAGUAAGAUGAA